AUGACGACGUCAACGAAGCAAGAGUAUCCUGCGCCACAGACCAAGACAGGUGCACUUGAUGCCGGCUUCAAGUUUGAAGAAACGACCCCUGUCAUCGGUCGAGAGUAUCCUAAUGUUAACAUCGUCGAAGAUAUCCUGAACGCUUCUAACGCCGACGACCUCAUUCGAGAUCUUGCAAUUACAAUCUCUGAACGUGGAGUUGUCUUCUUCCGAGCUCAAGACAACCUCACCAACGACUUACAAAAAAGCCUUGUUCAUCGUCUGGGCCAACUGACAGGAAAGCCUGCUGACUCCACUCUGCAUAUUCAUCCAAUUCUGAACAACACUUCUGAAUUUGGCGUGGACGAUGCGCAAAUAAGCACGAUCAGCUCCCUCGGUCGUAAAAACAUCUUCAAACAUGAGGACCAUCGUCGGCCAAGUGGUUCACGUCGCUACGACGCUGCGCAGUGGCAUUCGGACAUCCAGUUUGAGCCAGUUCCGGCUGACUAUACCUCACUCCGCCUGACAGAACUACCAGAGACGGGAGGCGACACACUCUGGGCUUCUGGGUAUGAGAUCUAUAACCGCUUCUCUAAAGCUUACCAGACUUUCUUCGAGGGUUUGACUGCAACCUUCGUCGGGGACGGCUUCAUUCGAGCCGCUGAAGCAAACCCAGAGAAAGUUAAAAUCUACGAAAAAGAACGUGGUAGUCCAAAGAACGUUGGGAAAGCGUUGAGUGCGGUACAUCCAGUAGUGCGCACAAAUCCUGUGACGGGAUGGAAGAGCAUCUUCGCUCUUGGUCCGUUCCCCAAGUACAUCAAUGAGCUUCACGAAGAAGAAUCGGCAGAGUUAUUGAAGAAGUUCCGGUCUGUGAUAACGGAGAAUCACGACCUCCAAGUCCGCUUCAAGUGGAGGAACAAGAACGAUAUCGCUAUUUGGGACAACCGCAGCGCCUUCCACAGCGCAACUUUCGAUUAUGAUGAUCUUGGUGAACGCUUUGGUAACCGAGCAGUAGGUAUUGGAGAGGUCCCCUACUUCGAUCCAAACAGCCGAUCUAGAACGGAAGCUUUGGUGGAGAAAAAGGUUGUUGCCAUUGGACAUGAAAAGAAUGGCAUUGCGAAGUCGGAGACGGUAUCAGCAUAG